AUGGCCGAACAGCAAGGCUACUAUCUAUGGCAAGGACCUGACAACCCGUCCAAGAGCCGCUUGAGAGUUCUCAACAGUUUUACUGGCCAGAAAGAGCCAUUUGUACCACGCGAUGGCGGCAAUAGGGUCUCUUGGUACAUUUGCGACCCUGCUGUGUAUGACUCUGCUCAUGUAGGGCAUGCCUCCAAUUAUGUCCGCUUUGAUGUUGUUCCACGUAUCUUGAUUGAUUAUUUUGGUUACGACCUUAUCGUUCAAAUGAAUGUCACAGACAUCGAUGACAAGAUUACAAAAGAGCCACCGAGCACAAUCUACCUUUUGAGGUAUUGGCUCAUGAAUUGA